AUAUAAAAAUCAAAGCCACUAGUUGAAUUCACUUUAAGCGCUGAUCUUUAAUAAUUACGCAAAUUGUACCUUAUUAAUAGUACCUCGCUGAUAAAUUCAUUGAAAUAUUCCAUUUGAAGUAAUCGCUCACAACUCGUCAUUCAAGUGUUCCUUCAGUCUCACUCGACCUGCCCGUCACGAUGGACACCAUCCAGUGGGGAUCCCUUCCGGAGGAGCUGCAAGUCAUGCCGUUCAAUCUGCGCAUCAUGGCGCACGUGGGUCUGUGGGGCCCUCGCUACCGGGUGUACCGUUUUUGGGCACUGUUUACCUUCGGAACGAUGGUGAUUCUGUUUCCGAAGACGGUUUUGGGCAUCGGAAGCGAUGACGUGACGGCGAUUUGCAAGGGACUGGCCGAGCUGAACUUUGAGGCUUCGAUUUACAUCCCGAUGGCGAUUUUUGCACUGAAGAGGGACGCGUUCGAGCGGGUCAUUCAAGGGUUGGACGAGAUCUUUCGGGAAGUUACCUUAGGCGAGGAGUCCAAGGAUUGCUACAACAUGAUUCGGGAGCAAAAUGUGAAAAUCAAAAAGUUUUUCAAGUUUCUUGUUGUUUACUGCGUUUACGGACCGUUUGCGUACUGCUUGCCGGCGGUUUUGAUAAGCCACUGGAGAUUUUGGAACAGUUUUGAACCGAUGGUGUUUGAGCUACCGAUGGAGCAGAACUUCUACGGUCUACAAAUUCGAACAAAUUUCACUCACUAUCACAUUUUUGUGGGGUUGUCAAUGAUUGCGUACAGUUUCUGUGGAUUUAUGUCACUAAUCAAAAUCGCUACGAUGUGUUUUAUGAUCAAGUACAAUUCCCUGUGCUAUCGACUGGUCGCGGAAAAGAUAAGGAAGCUGCCACAGCAUACAGAUGAUGGACCGACGAAGGUUAACAUCGAAGAUUUGAAAAAGCUCGUUGAGGUGCAUCGAAAAGCUUACAAUGUUACAGAAUUGAUAGAAGACAUUUGUCAAGUACCGCUGGCUCUGGAAUUCUUGACCUGUGUAAUAUUCUGGUGUUUGAGCAUGAUUUACAUUUCAAAGAAAAUUGACUUCAACCUAAUCAACGUGAUGAUCAUAUUUUGCCUGUCUUUGAUUGAGACGUUUGGCUGCUCCUUUCUGGGAUCGGAGUUGGCCGAGGAAGCCGAGGCAGUUGGCAAGGCCAUCUACGAUUUGCCGUGGUACGAGCACUCGGUUGAGCUGCAACGAUUCUACCGGCUGAUCAUUCAACGUACGCAGCGGCCUACUGGGAUCACGGGGGUGAAGCUUUUCGUCGUUCAACGGACCACAUUUGCUAGUGUGAUUCAAAUGUCUUACUCGUACUAUCUCGUUCUGCAGGAUCUGCUGAAUAACUUCUAA